AUGAGCGAUUCAAGAAAACUUUUCGAGUAUUUUGUUACAGUUGGAUUAAAGGAAGGGGCGGAAGAAUUGGUGAUUUCUGCACAAGAGUGUGGACGCCGUAACGCUACUCCGCUUGCGCCUAUUACAGAUAUCUGUGUUAUAUUUCCUUCUCUUGGCGAAAAGGUACCAGAUGGAUUUGAGUGUAUUGAAAGCACUCCCUCAGGUCACCCCGCAGACUUGAAUUAUGGGUCCAUUCGAACCCCACCGGUUUUCAUCUGUUAUCGUCGUGGAUAUCAUAAGCCACCACUUGUAGAUAUUGGAGUCUUGGAUGAAGGUCGGGGAGAAAAACCAAUGCUUGAUUCCAAUAUUGUCCAGACAACUCCUUUUGGUCGGCCAGCAAAUGUAAAUAAUGCCUCCCAAGUUUCUGAUUCAUUUCAUUCACUUAAUCUUGGAUUUUAUCUGCAUGGUUUUGAUCUGGGGAAAGGGGAUGCUGAGAACCCAUCCUUUAAAAGCGGUAUUUAUUUAACGUACCGUCGGGCGCAGCCAAAUAAUCCACCAAGUCAACUUGUUGUCACUAAUAUCUGUGUCAUUAUCGCUGAUAAAGGAGAUAUGGCUCCACAUACAUAUUACAAAAUACCGAAGAAUUUGAACAAAGGUAUGGUUGGUUCUGAUAUCUUCUUGUGCUACAAGAAAUCUCAGGCAGCUUCAAAAAGAAUUGCUUACACACCGGCGGUUUUAAACCGUUUUCCUGAAGACAGCGAUUUUCGGCUUGUGGAUACUAUCCCUAUGUUUUGUUUACCUAUGGGAGCACUAAUUGAAUGUUGGCCUACCAAUUGCCAGAAUCCUGAGGAGACUUUUUCAACAUUUGUUUUAACUGACCAGAAUGGAUGUAAAUUUUAUGGUGCCUCAGUGUCAUUUUAUGAAUUGUACAAAAAGAAAUUAACAGAAGAACAGCUAGAAAAACUUGAAAUUUCGUCUCCUUCUGGAAGUGUCUCAGGUACAGCUUUGGAAUCGACAGGCGGUAGCGGUCCUGUGGAGCAGAUGUCUUUUCACUAUAACACGUCUAUCUGUGUUAUUUCCCGAUAUCCAUUUUUUAAUGCUUUCAAAAGGUUCCUGUUUUUUAUCCACCAUAUGUCAGUGUCUGGCACAUAUUCAGUACCAAUCGAGCGAUAUGUAUCCCACUUGAUGUACGAAGUUUCUUUUCCGUCACCCAGAUGUCCACAUGUUAUUGUGCAGUUAGGUAACGAAGCUGUUUCUUUAGACAGUUACGACGAUUCUCAGUUACCUCUUUCUGGUGCAGCUUUAUCUGACGCUCUUAAAUGUUUAGGCCCAGAAAAUCUAAUAUAUAUUGUUCUAUUAGCUUUAUUGGAACAGAAAAUCUUAGUACAUUCUUUACGACCAUGGUUACUGACCACUGUUGCUGAAAGCGUAUGUGCACUUACGUUUCCUUUUCACUGGCAAUGUCCUUACAUUCCACAGUGUCCUCUUUCUUUAGCUGGAGUGCUUCAUGCCCCUUUACCUUUCAUCGCUGGAGUAGACUCGCGGUACUUUGAUUUAUAUGAGGAUCCCCCGCCUGAUGUCACUUGUUUUGACCUAGAUACGGCAAUUGUAAGCCAGUCUACAACCUGUCAAAAUAAAAAACUGAGUCUUCUGCCUAAGCUGAAAACUACUUUGGAAAAGCUGCACAAGCGUAUACAUCGAGAGGAAUCAAGUGUCUUUGCGCCACGUAGAAAUAAUACUUUUACUGCAGUUAGUAUUGAUUUACAAACGCAACAAAAUAAGCGGUUGCUUGAAGUGAAAAUUCAGGAUGCUUUUUUAAGAUUUAUGGCAUCUCUUAUGCAGGGGUAUACUCGGUAUUUAAAGCCUAUUCGAAGUGCGCCUCGCCAUGUUGGUGCUACCGAUACGGUUUCCUUGUUUGAUUUGGAUGCCUUUCUUCGUUCUCGUGAUAAGUCAUCUGCAGCUUUUUUUAAACGCUUUUGUGAAACACAGUUGUUUAAUCGUUUCAUUGAGGAACGAUCAUUUGUUUCGGACAAAAAUGCUUUUAACGCUUUCUUCGAUGAGUGUAUUGACAAAGUUAGGGAUUAUGGUGGGAAAAGCAGUGAACCCAUUUUGCUGAAUGCUGGCUUACCAGAAAGUAGUCAGACAGAGAUAACAAUGCCUCCGGAAUCGUUCAAAGCACCGGAUGGGAGUGAAUUAAGUUUCACUUAUAGCGAAUUCCCGCGCCAACUCAAUUCCGCGUACUUUCAUUUUAAAGUAGGUGGCAUCAGUAGCGCCCUACACCGUACGAAACAAGAAUGGCGUAGUUCUCUAGAAGAACUUGCAAUGAAUAUUCAAGUUUAUCCAUCUUCGUGGCCAAAGGCUCUGCUGUUUUACAGUUAUUCACUGUGGUUUAUGUUGCUUCCCUCGUUGUUGCAUUUAGCUAUAUCCAAGAUCAAAAUUUUACGGCUUGCAUUCCAUAUUUUGGAUCGUAUGGAACAGAGUGGGAUUACUCCCUUUGAUCAAGUAUGCUACCGUACAGUUAUCCAAUUGUGUGGUGAGAUGGAGCAGCCACAUCUUGCCGUUCAAGUGGAGCAAGCGAUGCACCGCAGUGGCUUGGAACUGAAUGCUGUCACAUACGGUAUUUACCAUGAGGCUAUUCUGAAGCAGGGUUGGCCAGGAGGAAGUCGUUCAGUUGCUAUUAAAGCGUGGAGGAAACUGGCACUUGUAGUUCGCGGUGUCUCUAAGUUUAAAUCCGGAUUAUUAAUAAAAGGUAGGGGCGAUGUACAACAAGAAAUCGAUCACUCUGAACCGAAUAAAAGCUGCAAUGGUGAUUCCUGCAAGAGUGCGACAGAUGACAAAAAUACGGAUUGUUCUGAAUCUGAGGACAAACAACCGCAACCCGAAAAAUUGUCGAAGGGAGAUGAGGCUGAAAAUUCUGAUCAGAGGUCUGAUUCUGUUCCGUUUGUUAUUAGCGUACAUCCACUUCCAGCCGAAAGCGAUACUUCUUCAACGAAUCAGGGAGAUAGUGAAGAACCUGUUGGUGUGGAUGCUCUGGACCCUUUAGGAGCUUUAAGUCCCGAGCACAUCAAGAAGUGCGAGAAGAAAAAAAAUAUAGCUACUGAAUUCAUGACGGAGAGGGAAAAAGUAAAAAGAAAUGAAAAACCGAGUUCGUGGUUUAAAGGCCUGGCAAACAGUCCAAUUGUUAGCAAAUUUAUGCGCAGCAAUACGUCAGGAAAAUUUGGUUCUUCCGACAGUUUAUCUGAUGCGCUUUUGAUAUCUCCUGGUCUUACUUCUUUAGUAGCGCAAAUGAAAAAAGGUUAUGAUGGAGUAAUUCAGAGCAGUAAUUUUUCGUCAUUACGUGAGGGAGUAAGUACCUUCGUUAAUGAAGUCAGAGGUCGGAAUCGUACACAUGCGAAGGAUUUAUUUGGAAGUAGUUCCAGUAUUGAGCCUCAAGAUCACGACGAAGCUAUGCAGCUCGUAAUAUUACAGCAAAAUCCUGAAUGUUCUGAUCCAUUAUUUCAACUCGACAGUGGUACACCUUGCUCUAUUCUGCCUUCCGACUGGUGGGUGGAAGACCAGAUUUUUGCUGCAAACUCAUUGUCUUCUCCCCUAGAUGUAACGAUUUCUUCAGCAUCGUUAUGUUCGAACUGCAAAACUGUAAUAUAUGAUGAUGACAUUAUGGCUGGCUGGUCGGCAGAUGAUUCAAAUUUAAACACCACUUGCGUCUACUGCGGUUUUUCUUUCGUUCCGUCUCUGUCCAUUAGAUUGCGCACAAGGUCUUCCUUUGUAAAAAAUAGCUGGUACGCACCGUCUGUUUUCAAUACGAAGGAUGAUUUUGCGAAUUCAGAGGGCGAUACUGAGACGAACGAGAUUGCCGAAACUGUUGAAGAUCAUCAAGUACCAUUCGUGAGCCCUCUCGUUUUACGCCGUGAAAUUGAAAAUUUGUUGAAUGGAGAUGCUUUAAGUCUAGCAGACCCAGGUUUACAGCAUUCUCAUCCAAUAAUCUUUUGGAAUCUUAUAUAUUACACUCGACGUAUUGCGUUACCAACCCACCUUUGUUCGUGGCUUGGGAGUUCAGUCCAUGUUCGAUGUGUCUAUGAUGUUCCAGAAAAACAUACUUCGUGCAAACCGCUUUACUUCUCAAAUAAUGUCUUUCAAGAGGUCCCUGUACCUGAUACUGAUAGAAGCGUUGCUGUAUGGGAAGAUAUUCUCGUUUGCAUCCAGCAGUCUAGUAUAUUUCGUGGCCUUACUUGUCUCCUCAAAGAACACGGUUGGGCUCCUGAGAGUGGGAAAUUACGGCCGCAUUUCUCACUUUACAGAGACCUUCAAUUCGUCGCUUUAAAUCGAUUUGGCAGAGCUGUUUGUAGAGAUACUUUUGACUAUCUUUAUCAACUUGAUUUUGAGCGGUUGCCUCCAACGAUUUUGGUAAUGCUGCCAAAACCUGAUCAUCCGCUUAGUAUUACGUCACGCUUAUGCAAAAGAAUUUUUUUGCCGCUUGAUGUCUGUUAAUG